GCGCGCGAAGCGCCCCGCUUCUCGGUUGCUUCCUCGCCUUCGCCUCGGCAGACGGAGACGCGCGGCCCGGCCAGGAAGGGAGAGCGGGGUGGAGGCCGGCGCGUGCCCGACGGGGCAGAUGAGCCGGGAGGCGGGCUGCGCCGCGGGCUUCGCCGGAGGGCGAGGGGCAUGAGGCAGGGGGCGACAUGACCGUGCCGCUGCUCAAGAUCGGCGCCGUGCUCAGCACCAUGGCCAUGGUCACCAAUUGGAUGUCCCAGACGCUGCCGUCGCUCGUGGGGCUCAACGGCACCAUCUCCCAGGCCGGCACUUCCGAGAGAAGCACUCUCUUCCAGAGCCCCGAUGAAGGCUGGCAGGUCUACACUUCCGCUCAGGCCCCCGAUGGCAAAUGUCUGUGCACAGCUGUCAUCCCUGUCCAGGGCACAUGCUCCAGGGACCUGCGCAGCCGACAACUACGGCAGCUGAUGGAAAAACAGGUGCAAAACAUCUCCCAGUCCAUGGAGGUGCUGGACCUUCGGACCUACAGGGACCUGCAGUAUGUGCGCAAUACUGAGUCGCUAAUAAAGGGGCUGGACUCCAGGCUGAAAGUGGCCACAGAGAGUCAGAAAAAUCUGAAUGCCAAAAGUUUCCAGGAACUAAAGGACAAAAUGGCAGAGCUGAUGCCACUUAUCCCUGUGCUGGACCAGUACAAGUCAGACACCCGCACCAUCAUGCAGCUGAAAGAAGAAGUGAGGAACCUUUCGGGCAGCUUGCUGCAGAUCCAGGAAGAGAUGGGAGCCUAUGAUUACGAGGAGCUCCAACAGCGCGUGCUGGUCCUGGAAGCUCGCUUGCAUGCUUGCAUGCAGAAGCUAGGGUGUGGAAAGCUUACAGGGGUAAGCAACCCCAUCACCAUCCGGGCAUCAGGCUCCAGAUUUGGCUCUUGGAUGACGGACACCAUGGCCCCAAGUUCUGACAGCCGGGUCUGGUACAUGGAUGGCUACUACAAAGGCCGUCGUGUCCUGGAAUACCGUACACUCAAUGACUUCAUCACAGGCCAAAACUUUGUCCAGCACCUGCUGCCUCAUCCCUGGGCUGGCACCGGCCACGUGGUCUUCAAUGGGUCCCUCUACUACAACAAGUACCAGAGCAACAUAGUGGUGAAGUACCAUUUCCGUUCGCGGAGUGUGGUCGUGCAGCGCAGCCUCAACACCGCUGGCUACAACAACACCUUCCCCUACUCCUGGGGUGGCUUCUCAGACAUCGACUUCAUGGUGGAUGAGAAUGGGCUCUGGGCAGUCUACACCACCAACCAGAAUGCUGGCAACAUUGUAGUAAGCAGGAUGGACCCUGUCACGCUGGAGAUUCUCCGUAGCUGGGACACCGGCUACCCCAAGCGGAGUGCAGGUGAAUCCUUCAUCAUCUGCGGGACCCUCUAUGUGACGAAUUCACACCUGGCUGGGGCUAAGAUCUAUUUUGCCUACUACACAAACACUUCUAGCUAUGAGUACACGGAUAUUCCCUUCCACAAUCAGUAUUCCCACAUAUCCAUGUUGGACUACAACCCCCGGGAGAGGGUCCUCUAUACCUGGAACAAUGGCCACCAGGUCAUCUACAACGUGACUCUUUUCCAUGUCAUCAAGACUUCAGGAGAGUUAUAAUCCCAUAAGCAAAGAGGCCUCAACUCUCUCUCAGUUGUCAUUUUUGUUCAUUUUCUCUCUUAUCCUUGUGGGUUUGGGAGGUGGGGGAGCACUGUGGCCUGCAAACUCAGUGGCCUGGGAAAACACUCCGUGAUGCCAUUAUUUCUACAUAAUAAAGCAAACAGAUUUCUUCUUU